AUGGCACCUCCCACCGCUAUCGUGACCGGCGGCUCUAGCGGUAUAGGCCUCGCGCUCACGCACCAUCUCCUCGAGCGACAGUGGAACGUGGUCAUAGCCGACAUCAAUCCGCCGAAGGACUCCAUUGAUGGCACCAUCUUCGUCAAGACUGACGUGUCCUCGUGGGACAACCAAGCCUCCCUUUUCAAGAAGGCCUACGAAUGGAACUCUCGCCUCGACUUCUGCGCCCUCAAUGCCGGUAUAGACGAUCGAGACGACAUCUUCGCAACAAUCUCAGGGGAUCCCUCCAAGCCUCCGGGAAAGCCCAAUAUGGCGACACUGAACAUCGACCUCAUCGGACCGUAUUAUGGCAUCAAGCUCGCGGCGCACUACAUGUCUCUACCCAGUACUGGCGCCGGCAAACCAAAGCUAGGAGGGAAGAUCGUCGUUACGAGCUCCGCAGCAGGCAUCUACCCCAUCCCGCAGUGUCCGCAAUACGGCAUGGCGAAGCAUGGUCUCGUCGGUCUCGUCCGCUCCCUCGCUCCAAGAUCCAGCACGGUGGGCAUCACAAUCAACGCCAUAUGUCCAGCAUUAGUGAAGUCUGGUCUCGCGCCUCCAGGGUUGUUAGAUUCUUUCUCCGAGGAGCAGUUUACGCCCAUGAGCACAAUCCUGCGCGCCUUUGACGAACUGGCCGAGUUCGAGAAGGUGAAGAAUGAAGACUGGGUGGAGAAGGGCCACUCGGGAGAGACCGUGGAAGGGAACCUGGGAGAGCUCAUCUACCACAAACCGGCGCAAAGGCAUGAAGCAAGUUCAUAUGCGAAUGAAGAAGGCCUCAGGGCGUGGGAUCGGGCGUACAUCGAGAGGAACAAGAAGUUUGUCGAGGCCCCUUAA